CAUGUUGCGACAGGGAAGUUGUGGACACUGCACUGCCAUCUGCAGCUUAGUGCGGAGCUGCUGUCAAGCUCUGACUGACUGACUGACAUGGACAGCUCAAACUAGGGCUCAGCCACAAUUGUCCGCAACCUGACCUGAGCACCCGCCAUCAACCCUUGUCGCCAUGGCCGACGUCGAAGCUCCCAAGGCCCAGAUUGCCAACGGCGGUGUCAAGCGCGACUACAGGGGCAACCAGAAGGUAGUCGAGCUUCCUCGGAAUGCCUACACCUCCAUGUUUGAGGGCUUCCGGGACGAGCUCGACAAGCACCACGACCGCCGCAUGAAGAUUCAGAACGUCUCGCGUGAUGUCACCGGCCUUGCCAAGAAGAUGAUCUUCACCCUUCAGAGGGUCCGCACCUUGGCCAAGCCGCUGCAGCCCCGCAUCCAGGCAGAGAUUGAGCAACGGUACGCCGAGAUUGGCACGCUGCUCAAGACCAUCGAGGACGACGUCAAGGGCAUGAACCGGCACCGGUACAACCUCAUGUGCCUCGAGGAGCUUGUCGAGGCUGUCACCUUCAUGCACUAUCUGACUACCCAGACCCUCAUGACCCCCGAGCAGACCCAGCAGGCGAUCCCCGCCGACGUCAUCCUCACAGCCUCGGACUACGUCUACGGCGUCUUCGACCUCACAGGCGAGAUGAUGCGCUCGGCCACGUCAAACACGGCUCUCAACGGCGCCAUUCCCUCUGGUCCCAGUGGCCGCACCAUCCAAGCUGACCUGCAGGACGUCAGCAGCAUGCUGCAGGUCAACCACCCCAUCGGCAGGCCCUUUAGCUACGGCAAGAAGAUGGAUGUCAUGGUCGAGCAGGUCCGGAAAGUCGAGCGGCUCGGCUAUGGCGUGCGCAUCCGCGGCAACGAGCGGCCGAAAGGCUGGAUGCCGGAUUUGAAUGAAGACCGAGGCGAAGACGGCGGUGGCGGUGGCGGUCACGACGACUAGCUUUUGAAUGAUUCCGGGGCAGAGAGCAGGACGAGUUUGGUGAGAUCCCGGUGGUCGGAUUUCAAGUCAUCAAUUGCUGACGAAUCGACGUGCGUAGGCAGCCAAGCAAUGCACCCUUGCGGCAAUGACGGGCCAGAGUGGGAGGAGAUGAUUGCCCUCGCAUACUGAGGUGCAUCUGUUGCAGAUGGGGGUUGCGUGUCUGUUGCGUGUGCAUCAAUAAGGAUGUGUCUGUUGUUGGGCGUGGGACUGAUCCCAACAUCAUCUGAAAGAUAUUGCAAGCAUCUGUUCAAAAUGGAUGUGUAUUCUUGUCUGACGAAACCACAAGAUUAGUAGCAAUAGUACAGCAGUUCUAUGAAUCUCAUUACCCUCGAUGUGCAC